AUGAAUGUCACAAGGCCAGGAGCAAGUAACUUUGGUGCACAAGGUGCCAACAACAACAACAUAAAUAACAUCAACAACAACAAUACCAACAAGCAGCUGGGAAUACUAAACAAUGAUACCUUCCUGUACAGAAUCAAUGAGCUCGAGGAGGAGAAUGCAAGAUUGAAUAACAGGAUAAUUGAGUUGGAAUCGAUUAAUGGCCGCUUGAAGGAGCAGUUGGAGUACUUCCAGACAAAGCUGUUGGAGAAGAGCCUCGAGGAGGACAGAGAACUUUCUGAUUGUCUAGCGGAUAUCUAUGAGAGUCUUACUGUCUCCCCGACACCACAGCAGCAGCAACAAUUGCAGUUGUUGCAACAGCAGCAGCAGCAACAUCAUCAUCACCAGCAGCAGCGUCCUGGUCAGUUCCAUGGCAAGCCAUCGGCGGCACCCCCUCCCAGCGCCAUGAACAAGAUCAAUCUGAACAAUGGCCACGGUGGCGGCCACAGCAAUCCAGCGGCCAGCAUAUCACCACGUCCCGCGCCACCACCAGUCACUCAAAGAAAGCCUAUACUCAUCAGGAGCACGUCAGAGAGUCUCCUCCAGCAAUCACCCGACACAGCAGAGAGUGGCGGUACGAACACAGCAGCUCAGCAGCAACAUCAGCUACUACAACAGCAACAGCAGUUACUUCUACAGCAGCAGCAGCAACAGCAGCAGGCGCAGUUACUACAGCAACAACACGACGAAGAGAGGAGCAACUACUACAGCAACAACAAUGGCAGCCAGCAGCAACAGCAGCAAAAGGUUAAGAACUGGUCGAUCGCUGCGCCCAACCCAAAGGCACGCUCAGACACAGUGGCUGCCACGCCCAAGGAAUCAUUCAUCCGACUGCCACCUCAGCAGUCGUCGCCACAGAACAUGCCCGCCAACCGCAUUGCACAGUCCAACUCCACAUCAUUCAAUCAACUAUCAUCAUCCACACCUGUAUUUACAACCAACAACCAACACAACAACGGCAGCCACAGCAGUCCGAUAUCACUGUCGUCAUCGAUCAACAACACAUCAUCCUCGUCGUCGCUGUCGGGCUCGCCACCCAACGCCACCUCGUCGCUGCUCAAGGCCUUGCCGCCCGUGCCCGCCGAGCGCAAGACCGUCAAGAUGUCGCCAGUCAACCCGGGCGGCUUGCCAAAUGGCGGUAGCAAUAACAAUCCACUUACGAGAUCGAUGCCCACGACGGGCGCCAAGCCUUCCAUCCCGCUGAGCAGCGGCCGUCCCUCAAUGUCGUCUCUGCUGGGCGGCGAGGACGAGUUUGCCGAGGAGCCAGAGAACUUGGAUGACCCCAACCUCGUGCUCACCAAGAGCGAGGACGGAACAUACUUGGUCAAGGGAGGCACGCUCGACAAGCUAGUGCAACGUCUGAGCUACGACAAGUCGCACGACACUGACUUUGCCAGCGCCUUCCUGUUGACCUACCGCUCGUUCACAACGCCACUCGACCUACUGGACAUGCUGAUCCGAUCGUACAAUAUCGAGGAGGACAGCCACCAGACACUGCCGCAGGCCAUCUUUGAGAAGAAGUGUCGCAUCGUGCGUCUGCGUGUGGCCAACGUCAUCAAGAAGUGGCUGGACAAGCACUUCCACGACUUUAGCGAGGACGCUGCACUGGUUGCCAAGCUGGACCAGUUCAUCAACAGCCAGAUCAUCGUCGACCUCGAGGGCAUCGGCAAGAACCUCAAGAAGCUGCUGUACAACGAGCGCGCGGCGCCAAUCCCCACGUUCACCGACGCGGCACCACCCGUCAUUGCACCCAAGUCGCGCGACGCGCCCUUCCUCGAGCUCGACACGACCGAGGUGGCGCGCCAGCUCACUCUGAUCGAGUCGGAGAUGUACAGAAAGAUCGAGUCGAAGGAGUGUCUCGGCCAGAGCUGGAACAAGCCCAACAAGGACGAGCUGGCGCCCAACAUCGUGGCGUUCAUUCGUCGCUUCAACGCCGUGUCCGUGUGGGUGGCCACAGAGAUCGUGCGCACUGAGAAGCUCAAGGAGCGUGUUGGCGUCGUCAAGCGCUUCAUCAUCAUCGCUCAGAAGUGUCGCGAGAUGGGCAACUUCAACGGCUGCAUGGAGAUCCUCUCUGGUCUCCAGAACUCUGCCGUCUACCGUCUCAGCAAAACAUGGGAGAAGAUCGAGUCCAAGCCACUGAUCAAGAAUGUCUACGACGAGCUCAUCGUCCUAAUGGCUCAAAAGAACAACUUUAAGGACUACCGUGCUGCCCUACACUCUGUCCAUCCACCAUGCAUACCAUACCUUGGAGUAUACCUCACUGACUUGACGUUCAUUGAGGAUGGCACCAAGAAUAUGUUGAACAACAGGGACGACCUGAUCAACUUUGAGAAGCGUCGUAAGAUAUCUGUGGUGAUCCGUGAGAUCAAGCAGUAUCAGCAGACACCGUAUCACUUCCGCGUCGAGGAGACUACGCAGCGAUAUGUUAAGAACAUCCCAGGUCUGACGGAGAAGGCGCUCUACAAGUCCAGUCAGCUGUGUGAGCCCAAGGAGCAGCGCAGCUCCUCCGUCGAGUCGGUUGGUGGCGGUGGCAGCUCUGGCAGCUCCAACAGCAGCAGCAGUCUAAAGAAGGAGUUCUCCAUAUCGUCCAUUAUGAAUGUAUUAAAGCAAUAA